UUGAGAUAAUUAAUAAUGAUAGCUGGAUAUUUGUAAAAUAAAUUAAUAGCAUAAUCAAGUAUUUAAGAAGUACAUGGAACUGAUAUGUUGGCAACCUAAGGUAUGAUAGAGAUAAAUAAAAUAAUAUAGAUAGAAGAACUUCAAAAAUCUAUAUGGGUGGAUAAUCUCAACAACAAUAGAAUCCAUUAGAUUUAGUUUAAAUUAGCAGUGCAUUGCCUCAAAUUUCAUUUUAAUAGAAAAAUGAUUAAAGAUUAUAGAAUCUUUUAAAUAUAAAUUAUUAAUAGUAGAUAUCACAAUUAGCAAGUCCUCCCAAUAUCGAUUUGAUUAAUUAAAUUAAGGUAUAUAAUAAUUCAAUAAUCUAGGAAUAAGCAAGAGUUGUUAGAAUGCAUUAUUAAGCUUGA